CCGUGAAGAAAAGUAUGUCAGACAGAUUGGGUCAAAUACCACGAAACUUUCCGGAUUUGUAACAAUUUCCUUUCAAUGGCAGAUGUAUGAAUGGCUACUUCUGUACGUCCCAUUGCGAUAUUUGUGCAUCUUGAAACACGUGCUUCCUGAAACGGAAGAUGCUUGGCAAGAUAUGUUGUUGUAUCUCAGGAGGCAUCGUUCACGCUAUUUCAACGGCAAGCGGAAGAUCAAUUAUUAAAAAUACUGCAGUAUGUCUGUUAAAUGCUGAUGAAUAAGUACGAGGUUCUUGGAAUUGUGGGCGAAGGAGCCUAUGGAGUGGUUUUGAGAUGUAGGCACAAGGAGACAAAUGAAAUUGUAGCCAUCAAAAAAUUCAAAGACAGUGAAGAAAAUGAGGAUGUGAAAAGAACCACAUUGAGGGAGUUGAAAGUCCUUCGCAUGUUGAAACAAGAGAAUAUUGUUGAGUUGAGGGAAGCAUUUCGCAGAAGGGGAAAGCUAUAUUUGGUUUUUGAAUAUGUUGAAAGAAAUAUGCUUGAGUUACUUGAAGAAAUGCCAAAUGGAGUUCCAUCAAACAAAGUUAGAAACUACAUUUUCCAGCUCAUCAAAGCCAUUAAAUGGUGUCAUCAGAAUGAUGUCAUUCACAGAGACAUUAAACCAGAAAAUUUGCUCAUUAGUAAGGAUGGGGUUCUUAAACUUUGUGACUUUGGCUUUGCCAGAGCCAUGACUGUUAAUGGUAGUGGCCAGUUUACAGAUUAUGUAGCCACUCGGUGGUACAGAUCUCCUGAACUACUUUUAGGGGCUUCCUAUGGUAAACCAGUUGACAUCUGGGCUAUUGGCUGUAUACUGGGGGAACUCAGUGAUGGUCAGCCGGUAUUUCCUGGAGAGAGUGAGAUAGAUCAAUUGUUUACAAUACAAAAGGUUCUCGGUCAUCUGCCACCAGAUCAAAUGGAGAUGUUUUAUACCAAUCCGAGAUUUAAAGGACUCAAGUUUCCAACCACAAUUAACCCUCAGACGUUAGGAAGGAAGUACGCAGGAGUCAUUAAUGGAAUCAUGCUUAGUUUUAUGCAGGCAACAUUACAACUAGACCCAAAGGACAGAUUUACAAUAAAUGAUGCUUACAAUCAUCCAGCUUUCCAGCAAGAAAGAGAAGAAUAUGAAAAAACCUUGAAAGACAAGGGAGGAGAUCUGAAACCGGUUUCAAAGAAGACUGAAAUUUCUCUCAAAUCAAGGCAUUUUGCUCACAAGGGAGCUUCAUCUCAGGGCAUUAGACCUGCAGAGAGUUCACAAGACUUGAAAACACAAGAUGUUAAACCAAAUAUGCAUGGAAGUGUGCCACUUGGCAAAGAAUUUAGUGCUGAGAAGAAACUUGUCAUGCAACAAAUGGCUGCUAAAGAAAAGCCAAAUGAAGUUAGCUCGCAGGACGUGGCUUCAGACAAAAGUAGAACUAAAGAAAAUGAAAGUUCAGAAAAGUCUGAGAGUUUUUCACCAGCGUCAAAUGCAGAAAUGGUGAAAGGAUCAGGAAAUCCCUCUUCAACAGCGAAACAAGCUGUUUACAGCUCUGUGGAAAUCAAACCUCGCAAUUCUAACUUGGUAGCAGCAAAUAUCAAUGCAUCAAGAACAACUUCUCAACCAGAGGAAAGAACUAAUGUUACUCAAAGUGAUAAGGGUAAUGUCAUUGAUGAAGACAGCAAAGCAAAGAAUAAGCCAAGUUUGGCUUCCCACACCAGCCAUCUAGUGGCUGCUAAUUACAGCUUUUUUCCUGUGGAUAAUGAGGAAUCGGAGCUUGAACAACCAAAGAAUGCAAAGCCGACCUAUGGCUCAUCCACAAUUGCAGAAGAAAUCAGAAAAACUAAGUCUGUCAUUCUGGGCAAGAAAAAGGACAGGGAUGGCUCCGCUUCAGUUAAAUCCAAACCCCAGCAGCCGUUCAUGACAAGAAAUGAGGCAGCAGAACAGCAAGCGAAACCAAAGGGAACUCAUGAGCGGCAAGCAGGAAAAACGGUCCUCGCAGAUUCUAGUCCCUCCAGUCGAGAAGAAGCACUUCAGUCGAACUUUUCUUUUCAAAUGGGUAUGACUACAGAAAGAAGAGGUUCUAAAUCAGACUUGUCCACAUCCGGCUACGAGUAUGGUUCAUCACUUAUUAAACAGCGUCAAGAUUCACAAUGGAGACAAGAGUUUGGCGGCGAAGAAAACCAACCAAGGAACGUUAUGGGACAAGACAAAAAAGACAAGAAGAAAAAAAAGAAAAAGCUACAACAGGUGGCAAGCUUACCUGCUCAGUCUAAACAAUUUCAUCACCUCGAUUCCCAAGGCGAGCUAAGCAAAAUGGGAGAUUGGAGCAGAAACGCUGAGGUACAGUCUUUUGACAUGCGUCCUCAUAAACCACUAGGAAAACUGCAAUCCGCUGACAAGGGCGUGUCUCAUCUUGGACCGCUAACCAUCACCUCCUCACACAAACCUCUCGGAGAAGUUCGCCUUCAGCCUCUCCAGCACAAAAACCUGGUUCAUUUGUCACAUAACACGUACCCCACACGCAAACCGCCGGCCAAGCGUGAAAGCCCCGAGUCCCAAACCCUGGGUUCUCUCUCUCCAUGGAUGGGACAAUCGGCCUUGCACAAACAAACAUUAUCAGAACCGGGUAGUUUCUCAUUUCCCGACCGGCCUGUCAGCCCGUCUACCGAACUUUUAGCACCAUUGCCAAGGAAAGCGUCGCGGCCUCCUUCUGAAAACGAGGCGACAAAUGAUGACCGAGACGUGAAGUUAGGUACUCCUUUUACGGGACUGAAACCGCUGACACCGUCUAAAGAACAUUUUAGCAAGUCGGGAGGUCGAGUGCCGGAUUUGAACAAACUGGAAGAAACGCCUUUAUAACACACGCUCCAAGAGGAGAAAUUCAUGUGCAGAAACUGCACGUGCGGCGUCGUCUCAGCUACUUACCUACAUUUCCGUAGCCUUGAUAGUUCUUGUGCUGUGAUUGGCUUAAAGCCUGUAGUUAAUUUUUGAGCUACAAGCCGAGAUCAUUUUCCGCCCGUUUGAUUGAUACUUUUGAUUGCUUAAAUGAGGGGUCGGAAGAACUAGACGUUAUUUAAAAGACAUUUUUAGUUCUGUCGCGUGUCCUGGUUAAAAAAGAAACAUGCCAGUUGAAAAUCACGUUUCGCUCGGUUUGGGGUCAAUAGCUUUGAGCUAAUCAGAGUACGCGUGUAAUUUUAGUUUCAGAAUGAGAAAGACCUUAUUGAAGACCUAUUUCAGUGUACUUCAGGCUCUGAAGUAUCUCAAAGAGAAGUUAACAGAAUUUUAUAUUAUCUAUGCUUCAUUUGGCAUUUCGUGUUUGUAAAAAGUAGCUUUUUUAUUAAGCGUUCAGUUACGCCUUCAAGGCAAGUUAUAAGUGACAAACUGUCCCCUCACUUCACGUUCGAGUAAUUUUAUAAGUGGAAACUCGGAAAAUUGCAUGGUUUUUAUAAUCUCCCUUCAUUCGUUGACGGGCAUUUGUCCCGAGACUCGCAAAACAUAGCUUGAGACGCCGCCAAAAAAUUUUUUUGUCGUGAAAUCGUUUUAUCGUUGUACAUAGUUCUUUUAUUGUUAUAACUGUUGUUGGUAUUUUCUGUUCUUUGUUGUAUAUAACGUUUAUAUAGUUCAGUGACAGUCGAGCAUGCCAGCCUAAGUAAACUUAUUUAUAUCAACCGGUUUGUCGCAGACAUAUCGUUCAUAUAUUCAAUGAUAAAUUAUUGUAGAAGUACAUUCGGAGCCAUUAAACGUCUCAUUACCUGU